CAAUGGAAAACGAGCGGCGAGUGACAGCUGCCCAAUGGGGGCCGCCGACUCUCCCAUCCUGCGGAGCGGGGGGUGGGUAUCUCCCCGCCGCCGCCUGAGGAAUGUCAACUAUUCAACAUGGAGACGGCGGUUACCAGGCUCGAGACCAUGUUCCAGAAGGCAGAAUCUGAUCUGGAUUAUAUUCAACACAGACUGGAAUUUGAAAUAAUGAAAAGUCUUCCUGAUAAUCCCGCAGAAGAGGAGAAUCCAGUUGCUCUCUUGGAAAAGCUCUCGGUGGUGAAAUCUCGUUAUAAAACGCUAUGUAUGCAGCUGGAAAAAGUUUCCGCGGAGCAGAGAGAAUCCAUGAAGGGCAUCCGCGCUGCUCUCGAGAACACAAUGAAGAUGGUUCAGGCCUUACAGCAACAUACUGACCUCGAGCGCUUCCCUCUGUCAGAAGAAGAGCAGGCUGCAGCACAGCAGUUAACCUGCCGAACUGCUAAAGAAAUGGAAUCGCCAGCGGACGAGGCAUUUUGUUCAGGAUCUACAAUUCCUGGCUCAUCUGAAGAAUCACAAUUCAAACCACUGACUGAGGAAAUACUUUUGACUGUACCAAGGAGUGUCAGAAGUACUGUUAAAUUAGCAGACUUGAACAAUUUCUACAGGGAGUUAUUUAACCACUUCGUUGUAAAUAAGAACAGAGCAGCACUGAGUAUUUCGCAGAUGAACAAGAUGAAUAUGAAAGCCACGGACUCGAGAAUACAAAUCUUGAAAGAACUUGCUAUUGUGGAACUUGACAAGCAAGGAAAUGUUAAACUAAUUGUGUAAACGAAAGCUCAAGUCCAUUCUAAUUUGACACACAAGCGUCUUAGUCAUAGGUCCUGGAUUAUUAACAAGCAAGUUAUUUCUCUGGUGUCUUGGAGUUUUAAGUCCACUGUUGGAAAGCUGUUAGUGGUUUUGUGUCCAAAUUCUAUUUAUAAUACUUAAAACUGGAGAGUUAAAAAACUUUGAGAUUGGUAUUUUAUCUUGGAUAUUUACAGAACUACAGUCGAUGCCCUUUUUCUUGUUUUUUUUGGUUACUUUAAAGAGUACUGUUAGCCAUGUGACACUUCCAUAUUCUUGCUUACAUUCUUGAGUGGGUUUUUAAGACCAAUACCCCAAACAACUUAAUUGUACUUACAUUCCUGAAUAAAUGAUGAAAGCUAA